AUGCCCAAAGCGCCAUCGUCAAAGAGUCGUAGCGCUCAUUCUGCGCCUGGGCAUCGUCCUCUUGCGCAAGAGAUCCGCGAAGAUGAAAUUAUAUCGCGGUUUGGGCGCGUUCGUGCCCCAAACCAGCGCCAUGGAAAGCACAAGUCUGAGAAAGAGGACGACGAAGAGGCGCCAGCGCCUGGUACGUCGCUCAAGAUUACAGGCAGUCGUGCCGGGAAGUCGUUCGUCGAUCCCAAACUAAGCCGUAAUAUUUUGCGCUUAGCUCGUGAACAGCAGGAAGAAAUUGAGCGUGAAGAGGCUGAACUGGAGCGUGAAUCAACCAUUCCAACGAAACCUGCCUUCCGUGAGAUGACUGAUCUGCAGGACGACGAAGAUGAUGGUGACGAUGAGAGUGCCUCGUUGCCUAGCGAUGACGAAGAAGAACAUGAUGACAUGGACUAUGCGGCCAUGGAUAUUUUGCCGGAGGACCAGGCACUGCUAGAGAGGCACGAUGAAGAAGAAGAGCAGGCCCUUGCCGACGACGACGCUGGGCGUCCGCGCACCAAGACCCUGGCGGAUCUGAUUAUGGCGAAGAUCCAAGCGGCAGAAGACGGUGAGGCGGCACCGAGUAUGGAGGAUGAGUCGCGCAUGAUGCCACCGGGCAUCAAUCCCAAGGUCAUUGAAGUUUACAGCAAAGUAGGCGAAUUGCUAUCGCGCUACAAAUCCGGUCCACUGCCGAAGGCGUUCAAGAUUGUGCCCUCGCUGCCACAGUGGGAAGACGUCCUGUAUAUUACCAACCCUGAGAUGUGGACACCGCAUGCGACGCUAGCUGCGACACGCAUCUUUGUAUCGAAUUUCAAGCCAGCGCAGUGUGAGCGGUACUACCAGCUUGUUUUGCUAGACAAGAUUCGCGACGAAAUCCGUGACAACAAAAAAGUGAGCUACCAGAUGUACGAGGCAAUCAAAAAGUCCUUGUACAAGCCUGCUGCAUUCUUUAAAGGCAUCUUGUUCCCUCUAUGUGAAGGCGGCGGUGUGACGCUCAAAGAGGCUGCGAUCAUUGGCUCCGUGCUUUCAAAAGUGUCGAUUCCUGUCUUGCACUCAGCUGCGGCCCUUUUGCGUCUGGCUGAGAUGGAGUACACAGGCCCUACAUCGCUGUUUAUUCGUAUCUUGCUUGACAAGAAGUAUGCAUUGCCAUACAAGGUUAUUGAUGGUCUGGUGUACCAUUUCCUGCAAUUCGCUGAUCCUUCCAAAGGUGUGGAAGUCACUCGGACGCGCCAGGGUGUGGUAGGUGAGCGGCGUAUGCCUGUCCUCUGGCACCAGAGCUUACUUGUAUUUGCGCAGCGAUACAAGCGGGACAUGACGCCGGACCAAAAGCUGGCGCUGCUCGACUUGAUUCGUGUGCAAAAGCAUCCUGGUAUCGAGCCUGACAUUCGGCGCGAACUGACCUCGGGCGAGUCGCGAGGUGAAAUGCUACCGGAGCCUUUGUACGACGACGACGAUGACAUGUCCAUCUAG